AUGGGUCGCACAGUCGAUCAGGAAGUGCAUGCAGCAUUCGUCGAGUUCCGCGCUAAGGAAGACGACAAGGCACGUGACCGUUGUCUCUCCGUCCAGUGUAUCUACUGCCAGCAGAUUCGCGCGAAGAACACCUCGCGCCAGAAGCAGCAUCUGCUCGAGUGCCCCGGUCUUCGAGGCCAUGCUCCCGCGCCGCAGCCGCCCGCGCCUUCAACUGGCCCCAACGGCAUUGGCCCUGCGAACGGCUACUCGGCGACUCCCAAUGGUCCUACCGCUUCUGCUCCAGGCCCUGGUCCUGGGCCAGCUGCCGCGCAGCUCGCUACCCCCAAUGGGCCGAUGAUGUCGAAUGGAGUCAGCCAUCAUGCUGCUCCCAUUCAAACCCCUCUUCAGAACCUCCAGAACCGUCCCUCGUUGCCCACGCCCGGUCCCCCGCAAGGCCCCGGUCCUUCGGUCACGCCGCUCUCGCAACAGCGCCCUCCUCACUCGAGCUCCAAACAGCCCAAGCCGAUUAACAAUAAUAAUAAUAAUAAUCGCCAGAGCACGUCAAGUCUGCCGGCGCCGCCUCUGGACGAUGUACAUGCUGCUUUUGUUGAAUUCCGCGCCAAGGAGGAGGAUAAGUGCUUGUCAGUCCAGUGCAUUUACUGCCAGCAGGUGCGCGCAAAGAACACCAGUCGUCAGCGCCAGCAUCUGCUCGAAUGCCCUACCUACUUGAACGUUAUGAAAGAUUCGAUUCCUGCAAACAAUCUGCUCCACACAUUCCCUGAAGGCGAUAUUGCUCGUUCCCUUCAAAUCCCUGUUCCCAGCAUAGAGCUUGACUUCCGGAUGAGCAUCAAGCUGAAUCCCAAGAUCGCCAUCGGCAACAGUCUUUGGGGCUCGCGCGAUUGGCUCUCGUUUGUUGGCGGUCAAUGGGCCGGUCGAUGGGGAAAGGGUAUUAUUCUUCCUGGCGGCCAAGACUCUCAGGUAACGGUCAAAGAACUGGCCACUUCGAUCAACGCGAGUUAUGUUUUACAGACCGCGGAUGAACCAGCUGCAUACAUCAUUGUCAGAACCAGCGGCUGGUUGACCGGCGCCAAGGAUGUGCUGGAGAAGCUUGGCGACUCCAACAUUGCAGAUAGCAUCAACCCGAGCACGUACAAGUACCGCAUUAACCUGACCAUGGAAACUGGUGACGAACGUUAUGCCUUUGCCAAUACUGUCAUGUGGGUGGGAUCUGGUUGCCGUCGUGGCCAUGAAGUAAUUAUUGAUGCAUUCCGUCUUAACUAA